UGAAACCCAAAUGCGCAUCGCUGACCGACGCAUCUUUUUAAAAAAGAACCAGCUGCUCUCCCUAAAAACGGCAUGUUACAUAUAGUGCUGGACAAGGAGCAACCAGAGGUUUAUUCUGAAAGGAAGACAAAUGGGAGAUCACCAAAUGUUUGGAGCAGCCAAGAUUCUGCAGUGUCAAAAAUUGGUGUAAAUAACGGGUGACCGAGUAGGUACACCGAACCUGUCCAGAAUAGCAGUCAAAUGAAAGACAGCGCGAGACGGGAUUUUGUUGUCAAGCAAGUACACUAACAGAUGUGGUGAAAUGGAACUGACUGUCAACAUCUGUCUCCAAAUCUGCUCGAGCUGAAGGUGGAGCAGGAUUUUCGGGGGGCUCUCUGUGAGGUGUGAUGGAAUAAAAUGCUGCGCAUCACCGCUCCGACCACAGGUUACUUGAAUCUCAAAAAACGCACCUGAGUCGGGAAUUUAUUCUUGACCCUUUUUUUGUGUUUAGGCUUUUUGCUGUCUUCUGCAACGCAACGAGGAGGAUGGUCUGUGCCCUACAUGUGAUUGUCAUGUCUUCGGCGUUUUUCAAUCCCAGUUUUGCCUUCAGCUCCCACUUUGAUACAGAUGGGGCUCCGCUGAGCGAGCUGUCGUGGCCUUCAUCCCUGGCGGUGGUGGCUGUCUCCUUCUCUGGCCUCUUCACCUUCGUCUUCCUCAUGCUGGCCUGCCUCUGCUGCAAGAAGGGCGAUAUAGGCUUCAAGGUGAGCUCACUGCCUCCCCCUGCUGGGAGUGGAGAGGAACGCACAAACUGUGAGAGCACAGUGGAAGUGUUAUUUCUAAAAAUUGCACAAAAGAAACACUUUAAAGUUUUCAACUGUGCACAUUAGUAGUAAUAACAAAUACUGUA